GUACUGUCCGGUACGCCUCCAGUAAUAGUAGUAUUAUUCGUAAUACUAAUAUUCUUUGGAUUCCACCACAUCGAAGUACGAGUACGUACCGUACCCGUGAUAGUACUUUUUUCCAAAAAUACUUCAUAUGUAUUUAAUAUGGGUCAUUUUGACGUUUUCAUUUUGUGCAUGUCGUCAACGGCUUUUAGAAAGUGUUCUGGGAGAAAAAACAGUACCUGGUACUGUACGAUAGGCACGGUGGUACCAGGUACCCACUCGUAGUAUCGGUAUGAUAAUAUUAUUAAUUAUUACGAAGUACCUACAACAACAACAAAAAGUUCGGAAACCGGACAUGCAUUCCAUACAAUCAUAACAUUUCCAUUGAUCAAAUAAAUAAAUAAUAAUAAUAAUAAUAAUACUGCGAUCAAGCUUCGAAUCCAUUACUGAAAUGAAGAAAGAAACCGUCACCAGGCCAACCAAAAAAGAGACAGAUGUAGAUUCCGCUUUUACGAAAAGCAACAAGCUAAUUUCUCUUAGAGGAUCUUACCCCUUCCGUUCAUUGCCGUCUUCGCUUACGAAAUUCCCGGGGACACGGGUGCCUUGUUUCUCUACAACGCCACUUUUCGACCCUGCACUCGACGAAUUACUCAGGAAUCUCAGAAGCUCACGAAAGAAUUUGAUGAAGGAAGAAUCCCUUGAUGAAGUUAUAUUAUCUGAAUCGACUGCUUCGUUAGAAACUACGAUUUCUUCAGUGUCAUCCACCACCUCACUUUUAUCAAGACGAGCCUCCCUCUCAACACAGAUUUUUAAAUCUAAAAACAACGUGGGCUUUGAAUUUCAAAGCAGAGAUGAAGAAUCCAAGGGAUCAUUGACCCUCGAAAGACCGAAGAAAAGAAGGAGAUUCCAGAGAAGGAAUUCGUUUAUAGUUCGAGAUUUUGCACAACUCGCGAAAAUUGCAAGUCAGAGCGAUGUUGGGGCUGGUACCGGUACGCAAAGUCUGUAGCUACGAUUUCUGUUACAACUAAACUUCCCGGAAAAAUAUAGAUCGCUCAUUUGCCUUGUCAACAAUUAUGGGGAAUUGUGACACCAGAGUCCCAGCUACUGUUCAUACGUUAAAACCUUUGCCUAAGCUAACAAAAGGAUAUUAAUAGAUCGAUGCAAAUUUA